GUACAUGCUGUAGGAGCUGAUACAGAAUUGGGCUGCCAGUCCUUAAUUUCAAUGUAUCUGGGAUAUUUGACUGAUUUUUGCUGGUCAGUUGUGACCCUAAUUACACAUGGAGGAGGGAGUGUUUGGACAAUGUGGAGAAUUAUCAGGAAAGUGGGAUCGACAGAUGUGACAGGACAGGCACCUGUAUCUCUGCCUGCUGAGACCUGCAUCCUGCACUCUGCAUUGUCUUUCACUGGGUCUCUUUUCCUCCUCCCAUUCAGUGGCUGCUGCUUCAGCUCCCUGGGCACUGAGACCUUUCACUGAGGUAAUUUUUCUCUCCCAUUUCUCUCUCUCAUUUGUACAUGACCUGCAAGGUACCUUGGUAAGAAAAUCCUGAUCACGUCACAGAAGGAUACAGCAGUCACAGGCGAUCAGAGGUGCUGGUUCUAACACAGUUUUUAGGAAAGGGCUGAGGAAUUACACAGAUAAAAUGGGCCAUUGUGGUCAUCCUUGCUGACCCCCUGCUCCAGAAUUUAAUCUCCAAAUAUCUCUGCAUUGAGCUUUAUGAUGUGCAACCAAGUAAAUCUUUAGGAAUCUUUAAUCCUGAAUUUUUGUCCUAAAUCACAGAAAGCUUAUGGCAUCUUUAGAUGGAAUUUGUUGCAUCUCAGCUACAUACACACAUCUAUUAUGAGGAUUAAUUUUAACUCUAGGAAAGGAAUAUUAUCUAGGUGACAAGGUAUAGAACCAUUUUGUUGUGGUAUUAAUAUUGUUCAGCUUUCCUACAUGUGAUUUCCAAAUAUGCUGUAUCUUCCUCAGUCACAGUGAGUUCCCCCUCUCCUUUGCUGUGUCUCUUCAAAUCAUUGUUUAUUCAUGCACCCAUUCAUCCUCUUAUGGGUUUUUCAAAAGUACUGUCAGAACUCGCGGGCACAGGAGGUUGAACGUGUGAGGAGCUGAGAUUGAUUAUGUGGAGGACUAAUGGAAAUGACAGCGUUUCACUGAGAAAGUUUUGAGUAUUUCCUCUGCAAAGGUAAGCAAUGCUAUUAUUGAAAUAGCCUUAUGUGGAAAAUGCAUUUCUGUCGGGGCUCCAAAGUUACUGUGUCAAAUUUGAAAGUUCUAAUGCUGAAGGGUGGAAGAAGUUUGAAUCUCCAUCUGUUCAGAAUUGUGGUGUUGCCACUGAAACCUUCAUGGCACUCACAUAAUGGACAUUUCAGGUGCAGCUUGGCACGGUGUUUCUGUCCCUAAACUUAGGAGCAAUCUUGUCACUUCAAAGAAUAUGAACCAGGAGAAGCUUCUAGGCAAGAUGAAACUGUUGCUUAGGGGAAAUGUUCUUCUAGUUCUCUAGAAACUGGCAGGACUUCUGAUCACAAGGGACAUUGUAACAAAAUUCACCUUCCCAUCUCAAGCUGGUUUUUACAUUGAGUUGACAUAAAUUGUAUUUUAAUUGCUGCUCCUUAUUAGGUAACAAAUCUUUCUCAAGGUCAGGUAAAUAACUGUAAGAUAAUCAAGUGCAUACAGGAAUCAGCUCAUAAGCUUGCCAUUGGUUCCAACCCAGUACAUUUUUAGCAUAUAUUUUCAGGGCUUCUUUUCUCUCUCUCUCUUUUUUUUUUUUUUUUUUUUUUGUGGUUUGGUUGGUUGGUUGGUUUGGUUUGGGUUUUGGUUUUUUGUUUGUUUGUGGGUUUUUUUGUUUUGUUUUGUUUUUCCUGAGGAAAAAAAAUGGAUGAGCAAAUGAAAACAGUCAUGCCCAGGAGCAUUAAAAUUUUUCUGACUGGAUCAGAACUAGGAGGUAACUUAAUUCUGUGCUGUUACCCACACAGUGCGUGGCCAGAGCUCCUCACAGGUAACUGUAUCAGCAUGCUGAUGAAUUGCUCUCACUUCAGGAGCACUCAGCACAGCAGUUAAUAGGCCAGCGGAAAAGCACAGUAACAGUAUAGGAAUACAAUAAAUAACAAGAAAGAGUGAGUUUGAUUGGCCAGGAAUGAAUUUCUGCUACGCAGAGAACAGGAAUUGGCUUAUAGUGCAAUUUUUGAGAAAUAGCUCAGUAUUAAUUACACAAAUCACGUUUUCCCAGCAGAUCAGUAUACAAAGAAAUUAAUGUAAAUAAAAAAAUUAGGGCCAGUUUGAUGAGUAUUCCAGCAAUCAAUUUAAACCAGUUCUUUCAGUAUAAUUAUACAUAAUGUGUUUUGGCUAGAACAAUUUAAUUGACUCUACACUGAAAGAGAAAAAUAAGUGCCCUGUUUGUCUGGAACACUCUUAUUGAAAGUGAUAGCUUGAUACCAUUAGCAAACUCAACAAGACAAUCCACAUUCAUGCAUUAAGAGGAGCAGAAGCCUGAACAUCUGUUUCCCAGUAGUGAAUUCACAAAAGGGGCUUGGCUAUGCAGAGAAUGGGUGGACAAACAACAGGAAGGUGAUCUCUGACAUUCAACAAAAUGUUGAGGUAUCGCAAAAAUGACAUCAGGUGAGAAUGAAACGUCUGAAAUAAUGGUGUGCUAAAAGCUAGCUUGGCAAAUGAAGCACUGACAAGAACAAGCCAAACCUCUGCCCAUCAUUCUUUUAAAUGUGUCAUAUGAAUGAUCACUUUAUGAACAGCAUACUUUUUUAUUCAAGAUGUACAAGGUGGCACGAAAUGGUUUUGGAGAAAUAUGUAAUAAAGUGCCAUGAAAUAUUUCUUUAGCCAGAAAAAAAAAUAGUCACAAUUAAAAGAAGUGUCUGUAAGUGUUAUAAAAUUCCAGAGAUAAUAGUCAAACUAAAGAAAAAAAAAGAGUUCUUGGAUGUGACUUUUUCUUUUCUUCUUUCCAUUUCCACAACCACGAGCCUUGGAAAGGGAGCAAUACUAAAAGAGAAAUGGAACCAAGAAUGAAGUGGCUGCCAGCGGCUGUAAUGCAAUAUCUCAGCGUUUCAGGGGUAAAUCAGUGAGAACUGCGUCUGCCGGCCCUCUGAAAAAUCUGAGGAUUAAACUUCCGUUCAGUCAGCGCGGACUGCUGCAGGGUGGAGCAGCACUGAGCCAUGUGCACGACGCUGAGCCCCAAGGCGCGCGGGCCCGGCCUCUCGGACAUGCACCAGUACAGCCAGUGGCUGGCCAGCAGGCACGAGGCCAACCUGCUGCCCAUGAAGGAGGACCUGGCCCUGUGGCUCACCAACCUGCUGGGUAGAGAAAUAACAGCAGAAACCUUUCUGGAGAGAUUGGAUAAUGGUGCCUUGCUUUGCCGCUUAGCUGAGACCCUGCAGGAGAAAUUUAAAGAAAACAGCUUUGAUGCAAACAAGCCUGCCAAAACCCUACCAGUGCGGAAAAUUCCCUGCAAAGCCAAUGCUCCUUCAGGGUCUUUUUUUGCUCGGGACAACACAGCCAAUUUCUUAUCCUGGUGCAGAGAUGUGGGUGUGGAUGACACCUGCCUGUUUGAAUCAGAAGGUUUGGUCCUCCACAAGCAGCCAAGAGAAGUGUGCCUUUGUUUGCUGGAACUUGGAAGAAUUGCAGCAAGGUUUGGGGUGGAACCUCCUGGAUUAAUAAAACUGGAAAAAGAGAUUGAACAAGAGGAAACACUUUCAGCUCCCCUUCCAUCUCCUUCACCAUCACCCACAAAGUCUCCUGGGAAGAAGAGCACAGGGAAACUGUUGGAUGAUGCUGUGAAACACAUUUCUGAAGAUCCACCCUGCAAAUGCCCUACUAAGUUCUGUGUGGAGCGUCUUUCACAGGGAAGAUACAGAGUUGGAGAGAAGAUCCUUUUCAUUAGGAUGCUGCACAACAAGCACGUCAUGGUGCGUGUCGGCGGCGGCUGGGAGACCUUCGGCGGGUACCUGCUGAAGCACGACCCGUGCCGGGCGCUGCAGAUCUCCCGCGCCGACGGCAAAACCUCGCCGGUGCACGGCCGGGCGCCGAGCCUCCGGGACAUCCACCCCGACAACUACCUGGUGGUGUCCGCGCACUACAAAGCCAAGAAGGAGAUCAAGUGAGAGGAGCUGCCGGCGGGACUUGGCGCGGGUAGGUAAAAACACUCCCCCGAGCGUAGUGAAUUUAGUGAAUGCUCUAAAAGGACUCUGGGAACCUGAACACAGACUGGAAAUGACGCCCCGUUUGGAAGGUCUUUGGAUUUAGAACUAUUUAUUUCUAGUACUGUAUCUUUUAUAGCAAAUUACCCCUGAUAGGUUAAUUACUACAAUCGGAUAAUAAAUAGACGUAUAUUUUUAGCCAAAUUAUUACUCUUUAAUAUGUGAAUGUAUACUUAGAGCUACAUAAAGGAGUGGAGCCUGUUAAUGGAAGAAAAUACACAAUGAAAUAUAUUUGUACGAAAAUCUUAUUACUUUGAACCCCUGACUGUUAGGCUAGCUGAAAUAUAUAUAUGUGCAGGUGGGAAGUGGAUAUUUGGGAAAAUUAUUUGGUAAUGGAAUGAAAUAAAAAUUGACUGUUUGUAUGUUUUGCAAUCUUUUCUUAAUUAGUAGACUAUAAUGGCUUAUUGCAUGCCAAGAAACUUCUCAAAGCCAUUCCUUAAAAAAGCCCAGGAAACCCCCUCACAGUUUUUCUGUUUAAAGCUGAAGGCGAUGCUGGGUGUUGGCUCGAGUGCAGAUCCUCCCUGGUGUCACAGAGCUGCCCAGGGAGCUGCAGAUCCUCCCUGGGCUCACAAAGCUGCCCAAGGAGCAGCAGAUCCUCCCUGGUGUCACAGAGCUGCCCAAGGAGCUGCAGAUCCUCCCUGGUGUCAGAGCUGCCCAAGGAGCUGCAGAUCCUCCCUGGGCUCACAAAGCUGCCCAAGGAGCUGCAGAUCCUCCCUGGGCUCACAAAGCUGCCCAAGGAGCUGCAGAUCCUCCCUGGUGUCACAGAGCUGCCCAAGGAGCUGCAGAUCCUCCCUGGUGUCACAGAGCUGCCCAAGGAGCUGCAGAUCCUCCCUGGGCUCACAGAGCUGCCCAGGGAGCUGCAGAUCCUCCCUGGGCUCACAGAGCUUCCCAAGGAGCUGCAGAUCCUCCCUGGGCUCACAGAGCUGCCCAAGGAGCUGCAGAUCCUCCCUGGGCUCACAGAGCUGCCCAAGGAGCUGCAGAUCCUCCCUGGGCUCACAGAGCUGCCCAAGCCAGAGGCACGGGGAAGGGGAGGGACUGCCCCAUGCAGUGCCAGCGAGGGGUGGUUCUACAGCCCAGGAGGGAAGCAGAGCCAGGGCACAGCCAGGGAGGAGCUGCACAAGUCCCUCUGGAGUCACAGAACAUGGCACUGUCCUUGGAUGUGAGCCU